GUUGCGGUUGCAGCAACAACAUUUAGUGCAAGACAUGUCUCUUCCUCGCUCGGAUUAUGACCCUAGAAGGGUUUGUCUUAACCCAUUUCCUGACUUCAAUUUUGGGAAACACCGUAGGAGCAUUGGUAUCUAUCUAGCAGGAGCUUUGUUUGCCCUCGCGAACUGGACUUUUCUCGAUGCUGCAAUCCUCUCAGCUCACGCACACUCCCCGUACGACGAACCCCAAAUCCCCCCACCUGUUCAUGUCGACUUCGUAGACUGGGUCCCCGGAUUUUGCUCGCUUUUGGGGAUGGUGGUUAUCAACUUGAUUGAUAAAGAUAGAAUCAGAGGUGAUGAAGGUUUUGGGGAUUCUAAUGCAGUAUGGAGGGCUCGUCUCUUCCUCUUCAUCGGAUUUGCUCUCAUGGCUGGAGGCUUGGCGGGCAGCGUGUCACUCGCUGUCCUGAAAUACGUCAUGAAAGACUACGCUGAGCAAUACACUUAUUACGGUUAUGCCAACGUAUCUCAGAACGUGGCCUUGAUGUUGUCCGCUAUUGUCCUCUGGAUCGCCCAGAGUGCUCAAAGUGAAUAUGAUUAUAACCUUACACUGUAAUACCUUGGUAUUUGCUUCUCGUCUCCCAUAUGUUGUAAUCAAUCUACUACUUACGUUUUGUAUCGACAUGGUUGCAGUUUAUUACUGUUCCACAGCUAUUGAUAUAUUGAUAGUUAGCGCGGGCUUUAAC